GGGUCCCGAGAUGAAGAGCGUCGGGGGCUGAACCGCUACCUUAGAAGGGAACCUGGGAACCCUCACGGCCCCUAUUGCAGACCCUCCCUGACUUUGAACUGUAAACUGCCUUUGCCGGGGCUACCCCGGAAGAAGGUCUGCCUGGUAUCCUACCGCUCCUACAGGGAACGGGAUGGAGGGCUCUAAGACAUCCAGCAGCACCAUGCAGGUGAGCUUCGUGUGUCAGCGCUGCAGCCAGCCCCUGAAACUGGACACGAGCUUCAAGAUCCUGGACCGUGUCACCAUCCAGGAGCUCACAGCUCCAUUACUUGCCACAGCCCAGGUGAAACCAGGAGAGACCCAGGAGGAAGAGGCUAACUCAGGAGAGGAGCCAUUUAUUGAAACUCGCCAGGAUGGUGUCUCUCGCAGAUUCAUCCCCCCAGCCAGGAUGAUGUCUACAGAAAGUGCCAACAGCUUCACUCUGAUCGGGGAGGCAUCCGACGGCGGCACCAUGGAGAACCUCAGCCGAAGAUUCCAGGUCACUGGGGACCUUUUCGACAUCAUGUCAGGCCAGACAGAUGUGGAUCACCCACUGUGUGAGGAAUGCACAGAUACUCUUUUAGACCAGCUGGACACUCAGCUCAACGUCACUGAAAAUGAGUGUCAGAACUACAAACGCUGCUUGGAAAUCUUAGAGCAAAUGAAUGAAGAUGACAGCGAGCAGCUCCAGAUGGAGCUAAAGGAGCUGGCAUUAGAGGAGGAGAGGCUGAUCCAAGAGCUGGAAGAUGUGGAAAAGAACCGUCAGAUAGUGGCAGAAAAUCUCGAGAAGGUCCAGGCUGAGGCUGAGAGGUUGGAUCAGGAGGAAGCUCAGUAUCAAAGGGAAUAUAGUGAAUUUAAACGACAACAGCUAGAACUGGAUGAUGAGCUGAAGAGUGUAGAAAACCAGAUGCGUUAUGCCCAGAUGCAGCUGGACAAGCUGAAGAAAACCAACGUCUUUAACGCAACCUUCCACAUUUGGCACAGUGGACAGUUUGGCACAAUCAAUAACUUCAGACUGGGUCGCCUGCCCAGUGUUCCCGUGGAAUGGAAUGAGAUUAACGCUGCCUGGGGCCAGACAGUGUUGCUGCUCCAUGCCCUGGCCAAUAAGAUGGGUCUGAAAUUUCAGAGGUAUCGACUUGUUCCCUAUGGAAACCAUUCGUAUCUGGAGUCUCUGACAGACAAAUCUAAGGAGCUGCCAUUGUACUGUUCUGGGGGGCUGCGGUUUUUCUGGGACAACAAGUUUGACCAUGCAAUGGUGGCUUUCCUGGACUGUGUGCAGCAGUUCAAAGAAGAGGUUGAGAAAGGCGAGACACGUUUUUGUCUUCCUUACAGGAUGGAUGUGGAGAAAGGCAAGAUUGAAGACACAGGAGGCAGCGGUGGCUCCUAUUCCAUCAAAACCCAGUUUAACUCUGAGGAACAGUGGACAAAAGCUCUCAAGUUCAUGCUGACGAAUCUUAAGUGGGGUCUUGCUUGGGUAUCCUCACAGUUUUAUAACAAAUGACUUGCUUUUUUCCUUAGGGGUUUGUUUGCCUUAAAGGCUUUAAAUUUUGUUUUGUUUGCAAAAAAAAAAAAAAAGUGUUAAAUUAAAUUCGGGUACUGUUAAACAGCACAUGUUUACAAUACCGAAAAAGAAAAAAAAAUCCACAAAAGCCACUUUAUUUUAAAACAUAACAGAUACUUUCCAGAGCUACAACAUGCCAUGUAUAGCAACUGGCCUUUAUCACAGUUUUGACUCUUAACCCCAUGCCUUCCUUUCCCUUUGUCCCCGCAAAACAACUAAUUUAAGUUUGCUUUUUUUUUUUUAGACUGAGUUGAAUUGAGAUUGAUGUGUUUUCACUGGAUUUUAUCUCUCUCAACUUCCUGCACUUAGAAUAUGAAAUAGAAACUUUUGUCUCCACUGAGACUACAAGAUGUGUGAGAUGCACAGUUGGAUAACGUGAGAAAAUGACAUGUAAGCUUUGGUCACCACGUGAUGUGAUCAGAAGCUUGAAAUUUAACACUUCUCACUUGGUUCUAGUACUGAAUGCCUGCUCUGCUCUGUGUUAGAGAUAUGAAAUUGUGUUUGAUACUGUUUGAGACCUUAUGGAGAGAUUUAAUUAUUUGUAAUAAAAGAUUUACUGCAGUCUGAUAA